AAAACAUAGAGGCCAGUGUUUCCCUGAGGUUACAUGUUUGAUUGAUCAGGAAAAAAGGAAUUCAACAACUCUUUUUAGAAGGGGUUUUAGUUGAGCUGAGUUGCCCUUAGCUAUGGAAGUAAGUUUCAUUCUUCUAAAGCAAACGAGCAUUAGCUUAAAGAUUGAUUUCUUUUCUUUUCUUUUUAUUUUUAAUGCAUAAAAAUAAAAUGCGGAUGAAAUGAAAAACAACCAAGAAAUGUCUUUGUAUGCUUGUAUUGAAAUCCAACCGUGUGCUCUUUCUGAAAACAAGACAUGAUGUGUGCUUACAUAAGCUUGAACUAACCAAUUUCAUCCAAUAAUAUCAUGAAAGUCACCCAUCAACACAUUUCAUCUUGAGCAGAAAAGAGCUAAGAUUCAUAUUUAAGCUUAUUUGCAAGGCAAGAUUCGCUGUUAUAUCCGUCCCAAUGUCUCGCCUGCCUGUCAGGUUUUACUCUGAAAGUACAAUACAAAAGCUAGAUUCUUCCUGUUAAAUAUCCUCUUUAGAGAGAAUCUGAUGGUAAUGUGAAACUUUGGCAUAAUAAGUUUUCCUGAAGUACUGUGACAUGUCUUCAAUUAAACUCUAUUUUCCUUUUGUUUCCCCUGUCUCUCAGCGUGCCCGGGUGUGGAUCCCGGACACAGAGGAGGUAUGGAAGUCCGCUGAGCUCAGCAGGGACUACAAAAAUGGCGACGCCUCCCUGCAACUCAUGCUGGAGGAUGGAACGAAUCUUGAGCACAAACUGGACCCCAAGACAAAGAACCUGCCUUACCUGAGAAACCCGGACAUCUUGGUGGGCGAGAAUGACCUCACAGCGCUCAGCUACCUCCACGAGCCGGCCGUGCUGCACAACCUCAAAGUCCGCUUCGUCGACUCCAAGCUCAUCUACACUUACUGCGGAAUCGUCCUGGUGGCCAUCAAUCCAUAUGAGCCGCUGCCGAUAUAUGGAACAGACAUCAUCAACGCCUACAGUGGUCAGAACAUGGGAGACAUGGACCCACAUAUCUUUGCUGUGGCUGAGGAGGCUUACAAACAGAUGGCCAGGGAUGAGAGGAACCAGUCAAUCAUUGUGAGUGGGGAGUCUGGAGCAGGAAAGACGGUAUCAGCCAAAUACGCCAUGAGAUACUUUGCUACAGUCAGCGGCUCCGCCAGCGAGGCCAACGUAGAGCAGAAAGUGUUGGCUUCCAACCCCAUCAUGGAGGCCAUUGGAAAUGCGAAGACCACCCGAAAUGACAACAGCAGUCGCUUCGGGAAGUACAUCGAGAUUGGCUUCGACACCCGCUUCCGUAUCAUUGGUGCCAACAUGAGGACGUAUCUGCUGGAGAAAUCACGAGUGGUGUUUCAGGCGGACGAGGAAAGGAAUUAUCAUGUCUUCUAUCAGCUCUGUGCAUCAUCCCACCUGCCUGAGUACAAGAAUCUGAAGCUGAGCAGUGCAAACGAUUUUCUGUACACCAGGCAGGGCCGCAGCCCCGUUAUCGCCGGUGUGGACGACACCAAGGAGCUUUGCAACACUCGCCACGCCUUCACAUUGCUGGGUAUCAAUGAGACCUAUCAGAUGGGGUUGUUUCAGGUUUUGGCUGCUAUUCUUCAUCUGGGAAAUGUGGAGAUAAAGGACAGAGACUCGGACAGCAGCGUCAUUCCUCCAAACAAUCGCCACCUGACGGCAUUCUGUGAGUUGGUUGGCGUGAGCUACCAGGACAUGACUCAGUGGCUGUGCCACAGGAAGCUGAAGACAGCCACCGAGACUUAUAUCAAGACCCUCCCCCGCCUGCAGGCCACAAAUGCCCGUGACGCACUGUCCAAACACAUCUACGCCAAGCUCUUCAACUGGAUCGUAGAGCACGUUAACAAAGCCCUCAUUACCAACGUCAAACAACACUCGUUUAUUGGGGUCCUCGACAUCUACGGUUUUGAGACAUUUGAGAUCAACAGCUUCGAGCAGUUCUGCAUCAACUACGCUAAUGAGAAACUCCAGCAACAGUUCAACAUGCAUGUGUUCAAGCUGGAGCAGGAGGAGUACAUGAAGGAACAGAUCCCCUGGACUCUGAUCGACUUCUACGACAAUCAGCCGUGCAUCAACCUCAUAGAAGCCAAGAUGGGCAUCCUGGACCUGCUGGACGAGGAGUGCAAGAUGCCCAAAGGUUCAGAUGAUUCAUGGGCUCAGAAACUUUACAACACCCACCUAAAGACCAGCUCCCUCUUCGAGAAGCCACGCAUGUCCAACCGCGCCUUCAUCGUCAAACAUUUUGCUGACAAGGUGGAGUACCAGUGUGACGGUUUCCUGGCGAAAAACAAGGACACAGUGAAUGAAGAACAGAUCAAUGUGCUGAAGGCCAGCAAGUUCGACCUGCUGGUGGAGCUGUUCCAGGACGAGGAGAAAGCCACCAGUCCCACUGGUCAGGUCCCUGGCACCGGGGGCCGAACUCGCCUCAGCGUCAAACCUGACAAGGGCCGCGACAAGAGCAGCAAGGAGCACAAGAAGACCGUCGGCUGUCAGUUCCGUAACUCUCUGCAAAUGCUGAUGGAGACUUUGAAUGCCACCACUCCACACUACGUUCGCUGCAUCAAACCAAACGACUUCAAGCUGGCCUUCACCUUUGAUCCUAAACGUGCAGUGCAGCAGCUCAGAGCCUGUGGAGUCCUGGAGACCAUCCGCAUCUCUGCUGCAGGUUUCCCAUCCCGAUGGACAUACCAGGAGUUCUUCAGCCGUUACAGGGUGCUGAUGGUACAAAAGGAUGUGUUGCCUGACAGAAAAAUGACCUGCAGGAAUGUUCUGGAGAAACUGGUGCAGGAUCAGGAUAAAUAUCAGUUUGGCAAGACAAAAAUCUUCUUCAGGGCAGGCCAGGUUGCCUACUUGGAGAAGUUGCGGGCAGACAAACUGCGUGUUGCCUGCAUUCGCAUCCAGAAAACCAUCCGCUGCUGGCUGGCUCGUAAGAAGUAUCUGCGCAAACGCAACGCUGCCAUCACCAUCCAAAGGUUCACCAGGGGAUACCAGGCUCGUUGCCUGGCCAAGUUCAUGCGUCGCACUCAGGCAGCCACCAUCAUCCAGAAGUAUCGCAGGAUGUAUGUGGAGAAGAAGCGCUACAGGCAGAAACAGGCUGCUGCUCUGGUCAUGCAGACAAUUCUCAGAGCUUACAUGGCCCGACAGAAGUACCAAGGGCUGCUGCGGGAGCACAAGGCAGUGAUCAUUCAGAGGCACGUUCGUGGCUGGUUGGCUCGCUGCUGGUACAAGCGCUGCCUCGUCUCCAUCCUCGUCCUGCAGUGCAGCAUCCGCAGGAUGAGGGCCAGACGCGAGCUGAAGAAGCUGAAGAUCGAGGCUCGCUCAGUGGAACACUUCAAGAAGCUCAACAAAGGCAUGGAGAACAAGAUCAUGCAGCUGCAGAGAAGAAUCGACGAGCAGGCCAAGGACAACAAGUCCAUCAACGAAAGGCUUGCUGGUUUGGAGAGUUCCCACACGGCAGAGAGCGAGCGUCUGCGUGGGGAGCUGAACCGGUUGCGUGGGGUGGAGGAAGAGGCCAAGAACAAAACCAACCAGGUCACCUCGCUGCUGGAGGAGCUGGAGAGGGUGAAGAAGGAGCUGAGCUCAACACAGCGGGAGAAGAAGACCAUCGAGGACUGGGCCCAGACUUACAGGAACGAAAUGGAGAAAAUGGUCUCGGAGCUGAAGGAACAGAAUGGUUCUCUGAAGAAGGAGAAGGACGACUUGAACAGGUUGAUUCAGGAACAGAGUCAGCAGAUGACAGAGAAAAUGGCCCGUGCAAUAGCACAGGAGACUCAGCAGCUGGACACGGAUCUGAACGAGGAGCGCUCUCGCUACCAGAAUCUCCUGACAGAACACCGUCGCCUCGAGGAGAAACACGACGACCUAAAGGAGGCGAUGGCCUCCUCGAACGUUUCAAAGCCUGGCCACAGGAGGACAGAUUCCACCCACAGCAGCAACGAAUCAGAGUACACCUACAACUCAGAGUACGCCGAAUUGGAAGAAGGUUCCCGUGCCAGAGAAGAUGUGACUCGAGGAAUCGACACUUCACUGACACUCAAGCUGCAGAAACGUCUCACAGAACUAGAGCAAGAAAAGCAAUCGCUGCGCAACGAACUGGAAAACAAAGAGGAUCAGUUCCAGCGGGCUAGAGCCAGGGAUGAUGUAGAGUUCAAAAAGGCUCGUGGUGCAGAGCUGGAGUACGAGUCUCUGAAGCGUCAGGAGCUCGAGUCUGAGAACAAGAAGCUGAAACAUAACCUUGCUGAGAUGAGACAAAGCCUGCUAGGUGACAAAGCUGCUGGCGCUGGGGCUCCGGGCUCACCUGCCUACAAGGUGCUUUUAGAGCAGCUCAACUCCUCCUGUGAAGAACUGGACGUCCGCAAGGAAGAGGUGCUGAUCCUACGCUCCCAGCUGGUCAGCCAGAAGGAAGCCAUGCACCACAAGGAAACCAUGACUGAGCCAUCCAUCUAUGCUGAGGACGUGUCCAAACUAAAGGAUGCUGACGAACUCAAGCAGGCCUGCAUCGGCCUCAAAGACACCAACAGGUUACUGGAGCACCAACUGCAGACUCAGCGCAGAAGUUACGAUAGCGAGGUGGAGACUCUGCGCGGGGAGCUGCAGAACGUCAAAGAGGAGAACAACCGUCAGCAGCAGCUCUUGGCCCAAAACCUUCAGCUGCCUCCAGAAGCUCGAAUUGAAGCCAGUCUGCAACACGAGAUCACACGUCUUACCAACGAGAACCUGGAACUGCUGGCUGAAGACCCCACAGCAUCCCGAGAGGCUCGAGUCAUCAUUUUACGACGGAUGGUUGAUCUGAUGGAGCAGCUGGAGAAACAGGACCGAACCAUUCGCAAGCUGAAGAAGCAGCUGAAGGUUUACUCCAAGAGGAUUGGAGAGAUGGGAGCUGGUCAGACCGAGGGCCAGACAUCUCCGGGACAGAUGGUGGAUGAGCCGAUCCAUCCUGUCAACAUCCCCCGCAGAGAGAAAGAUUUCCAGGGGAUGUUGGAGUACAAGAAGGAGGAUGAGCUCAAACUGGUCAAGAACCUCAUCCUUGAGUUAAAACCUCGUGGUGUAGCUGUGAAUCUGAUCCCAGGUCUGCCAGCCUACAUCCUCUUCAUGUGUCUGAGACAUGCAGAUUAUGUCAACGACGACCAGAAGGUCCGCACUCUGCUCACAUCAACCAUCAACAGUAUUAAGAAGAUCCUAAAGAAACGAGGAGAUGACUUUGAGACGGUCUCCUUCUGGCUGGCAAACACCUGUCGCUUCUUACACUGUCUGAAACAAUACAGCGGAGACGAGGCGUUCAUGAAGCACAACACACAGCGGCAGAGUGAACACUGUCUGUCAAACUUCGACCUGGCAGAGUACAGACAGGUGAUAAGUGACCUCGCCAUCCAGAUCUACCAGCAGCUGAUCAAAUGCAUGGAGAACAUCCUGCAGCCCAUGAUAGUCUCUGGCAUGCUGGAACAUGAGACCAUCCAGGGCGUGUCAGGGGUGAAGCCCACAGGACUACGUAAGAGGACAUCUAGCAUCGCAGACGAGGGCACCUACACCCUGGACUCCAUCCUGCGGCAGCUCAGCACCUUCCACUCCACCAUGUGCCAGCAUGGCACCGACCCUGAACUCAUCAAGCAGGUGGUGAAGCAGCAGUUCUACAUCAUCGGAGCUGUCACCCUCAACAACCUGCUGCUGCGCAAGGACAUGUGCUCCUGGAGCAAAGGCAUGCAGAUCAGGUACAAUGUGAGCCAGCUGGAAGAGUGGCUCAGAGACAAAGGUCUGAUGGUGUGUGGAGCUAAGGAGACCCUGGAGCCUCUGAUUCAGGCUGCUCAGCUGCUGCAGGUGAAGAAAAAGACUGACGAGGACGCUGACGCAAUCUGCUCCAUGUGUCUGGCCCUCACCACCGCUCAGAUUGUGAAGGUCCUGAACCUUUACACUCCAGUCAACGAGUUUGAGGAGAGAGUGUCAGUUGCAUUCAUUCGAACCAUACAGACUCGCUUGCGAGACCGUUGUGAGAGUCCCCAGUUGUUGAUGGACACAAAGAUGAUUUAUCCUGUCACUUUCCCGUUCAGCCCGUCCUCCCUCGCCCUGGAAACCAUCCAGAUCCCCGGCUCGCUAAACCUGGGGUUCCUCACCCGUGUGUGAAAAAAGGUCCCACAGGACGGCACAGUGUCCUGCAGUGAUCUCGAUGUUUUGGCUUCCGUUAGCUUUGAAAGUCAAAUGACACUCCCACUGGCCAAAAAUGACUUUUUUCCCCCGUACAUCACAGCCCUCACAAAAGAAGUGAACAAUUUUUAAAGCAUCACAGAUCAAACUAAAAAUUAGAAUUGGUACCAACACAGUGGCGCACAUAUGUCCAAAAAAUAGCGUGCUCCUAAUUCUUAACACUCUCUAUCUUGUUCUCUUAAAAUGUCCCUGGUCUGAACCUGGACUUUCACAAAUACAACCUGCUUAAUUAAACACACGUAUCCCCAACACAUGCUGAACUGUCAAGAAACAUCUGUAAAAUACUUCCAUCCACUGAACAUAGACAUACACGCCUACACUCACCUUAACACACAGCAACACACACACACACACACCCACAGUCUCUGAUGAGAUCAAACCUGGCUGUAAAACACCACCGUCCAUCCAUCGCUUGUAUAAACGCCUACUUGUUGUAGAAGCCACAUGACCAGAUCAAAGCCUCCAUUACUCACACUGACACGGGGGGUCUUUCUCAGUGGUCUCCACCCCUGCUCCCUUCUCUUUGUUUCAACUAGUCGUUCAGGUAGUUCUUCUCAUCAUCGUCUUGUUCUCCAGUGAGAAUGUACGCACACCACACAAAUAGGAGGCCCGAGCGGAGGCGCUGAGAUCUCAUUAGGAUAUAUAACUGAAUCAGGAAGUGGUCUAGCUUGAGAUGUUUGGGUCGCAGUGAGUCCCAGUACAAAACCAGCAGAGGGAUACACGCUAAAGUUAGCUCUCUCCACCCCAUUUUGAUGUAACCUGGAUCAGGCUUUGUUCUGUCUUUUUUAUCAUUUUACUCUCUGAACACAGUCAAGCCAAGACAGAACUCAUCGUCUGUACUAUAUUAUUUAUACAUAUAUAAAUAUAUAUAUAUAUAAAUCUUCAUAAUAUAUAUCUUGUUUUUUAUUUAUUGCAUCAACUUCCGUCCCCACCUUUUCCUUUUUAAGACUAGAAGAUUCCUCUUUCAGAAUGAAGGAUGGGUCCAUCAUUUCCCGGGAUGAGCAGCUGCAUUAGAACCAUUUUAGUUCAAAUCCAUUGUAGGCUUUUUAUGUCAGUAUCAGGUAAAUAUGAUGUAGUUUAUGUAGUUUAUGGAUUGCUGGCACAGAUCAUGAUUUUUUGGUAGGUUUGACUUAGACAUGCCGCUUUGUCAUGUUUAUCCUGCAUGUCUGGCAAGUGAAGGUGAGAUUUAGAAGAUAUGAGGUUCAAACUCUAGGAAGAGUUUAACCUGAUUCACCCUGAACUGUUUACAGUUGUGAGCUGAUCGUCACUGGAGACACUGGCACAAAGAUAUUUACUCACACGCACAACGUUACACUCUGCUUACUGCUGUAAAAUCAGGGAGUGUUGCACUCCUAGCUCUGUUUCUCUACUCGUCUCCUCUGGUCACGGAUCGAGUCAGAGCUUUGACAUGUUUUGCUUUUAUCGUUGUGGAAUUAUUUAUUUCAGUAUUGUCAUUUUCUUGAGUAUCAAAGUUUUGUAUAACUUAAAAGCCAUGUAUGACAGAGUAGACAGGAUUCUCUGAAGUUGGUUUUGGAGGGUUUGCUUCAACCCUGUCAAGCUUAACCACAAUGUUUAAAGCUUUUGCUACACAUAAACACUAACUGCAGCUUUGAGGACUGAAUCCUUCGUCUCUUCUCGUCUCCUCUCCUGCAUAUCCACCCUAUGCCUUUCUUUUUGUUUGCCAAGAAUGCACAACAUGGGCUCUUUUUUAACCACAACAUCUGACUUUUGGCGCUUUCCUCAUAUCAAUUGCUGCUGAAGUUACAGGUUAUUGAAAAGGUAAGAAAUGUCUGUCUUUUCUGUUUGGUUGUUUUGGUUCAGAUAGCCAAACAAAAUAGUGCCCUGCUUUUUAAAGCUGAUGGUGAUAUUACAUUACACCCAGCACUAAACCAAAUCUAGCUUCAAUUUGAUACAAAAACUGAACAGCAUGCUCUACUGCUGCUGCACUCAUCUAACCUGCAUGAUCUUUGCUCAACCAGCAAUAUCAGUAACCAGAAAUGAACCUGCAUGAUUUUAAACUUUUGGUUGUCGCUUUAAACAGAACAACCUCGAUGUAGUUGGUGUUAGUUGGAUCGAGUGUCAGGGAAUCUGCCCAUGUUGUAAAAAAAAAAGUCCUUUGUAUUCAGUCUAUCCUCGCUGCCUCCUGUUUAGCACUUUUGCUCGUUUACUUCCUGUUGUGCCAUGAGUACUAACCCUCAACCACAUUUGCCUCUCACCCACCUUAUUUCGGUUUAAUUACCUUAUCCUCUCAAAGAAAAUAUUUCACGUUGCUGAUACAUGUGUGUUUUUGUUAAGGUGCUAUCAAUAAAGGAGAUUAUGACUGGUCCCAAGUAGAACUUUGUUAGUUCAGAAAUGAUUCAAAGAAACAGGAAGUGUAGAUCAAAACGUGUCUGCUUAACCACACUUAUAGGACAUUAGGAAGACUACUCUCACUAUGAUAGGAGCAAGCCACAGAAGACAAACAAAUAGUAGGUGGAGUAAAGAUAAGUUAGUAUGUGAAGGUGUUUUGUGUUGCACUUGUAUUUGAAAAAGGAUUUGAUAUCCAUUGAUCUCGUUGGGACCACGUGUUAUCAGUCUGCCUUUUGUUAUAUCAUUUCGAUUAUUAGGUAUGUUAGAGUGCGCUUUGUGUAAAGAGAACAUAUCUGCAGGUUGUAGAAAGUAAGACAAUGACUGAAGGAAUAACUUAACCUAUGAAUGUUUAAAACUGUUAAUGAAGUGUUUUUAGCUGCACAUCGUGGACAAAGCCUUAUCUGAAUGAUUUGCUAUCUGAAUGACAGAAUCAACAGUGUGACAUUGCUUUGGUCUGUCGGUGUAGUGUUUUGUUUUGUUUUCAUUGUAAAAUGAAUAUUAAUGUCAAAUGUGAUCAUUUUGAUGAGGUGUGUUUUGUCCUACAGUUGGUGUCUCAGAUGGGUGGCACUGUUUAGUUGUCAGUCAAACUGCACUUUCUAACGGGCACGUGCAGAGGGGGGGAGCUAAGGGGGCUUGAGCUUGUUCAGGCCUUUUUUUUUAUUUAUUAUUACUUCUAAUGAGGGCAGGUAUGAAGUUUCAUUGCCCCGAUCAAGAAAAACAAAAUAACAAUGAGAGUAAUUUGGCUAUCUUAUUUUAUUUUGGCAAAAGCAAAUUUCAUAUUCUGCUGGUAAGUCAGUGUUUCCUGCGGUGCUUUAUAGUAAAGGCGACUGACUAACACGCACCCUCCGACUUCACUAUCGUAGGGGAGCAGUGUGCAGUUUUUCCCACCUUAGGUGAUCGAGCUCACCUAGAUGUAGCAGGUCUGUAUGCUCUGCAGGCGACCAGAGAGAGAAAGUGAGAGAGAUGUCUCCUGUUGAGUCUUUUUGAAUGCACUUGUCGCAGUGCAAGUUCAACGUCCGACAAACAAAACUUUAAAUACCAUUCUUUUUUUUUUUCGUUUUGUGCGGCUGCUUGCUGCUGAUGUGAUUCUGCUCUCGUUCUUGGUUUUUCUGCGUCUUGAGAACAAUCCUGCUGACAGUGAAACUUUUUUAAACAGUAGUUUUGUCGUGUUGCAUGGAGCCCGUGUGCACGGAUUUGCAGUCUGUGGGCAUGGUUUCAUAAAUUGUGCGUUUGGAUUUGCACUGGAACUCCAAUGAGGUCCGGACGUUGGCAAUUAAUGUGUGCAGCAUAGCUCGCUCUCUCUAUCUCUCUCUCUCUCGUUCAGUGAGUGCGUACAGGCAGGUGUGAGUGUGUGUCAUUUAAUGACUAUAAGAUCACGUCUUUACUGCAUGACCAUGUGUCACAGAAAGUAAACCCAUUCUGGAUUAUGUUUAACUUGUAUAUUGUUUGCCACUCUUACAAGUACAUAAACAAAAUAAUGUCAUACAAAGUUCUAUAUCAGCUAUAUGUAGGCUUCUUAGAUAUUCUGCAGGGCGAUAAUAGGGCCUGCAUGAAGACAUCACUUAUGAAGUCAUAUAGAUGGAUACGGACUGUAAAAGGAAAUACUACACAUUAAAGAGCCUUUGUUCCAAUCACGUUUCUGAUCAACUUUGGCCCGUUUAGCUUCCUCUAGCACAUUCCCUGUCCUGUGAGAGCAGGACUGCAGGCCAGAGGUACACAGACACUCUAAUGAAGGCAGCAUCAGACUGAAUCUUAGUGGGCUGAUGUGAGGUCGUUCUAGUUUCAGAGGUCAAAUAAACACAACAUUCACUCAUUGGUUUGUCUAAUUGAGCAGCGCAGCAUCUUCUCUUGUACUCAGGCAGGAGAAAACGUCAUCCCCUCACGCUGCAUUUUCACAUUACGGAGAGAGUUGGUUGUGUGAUACGACGUCGACAUUAUAAAUUACCAUCGUUCUUAUCAGCACUAGCGUUGAAUGUGCCAUUUUAAAGAAGUGUGUUAACAAAAAACACUAUAUCAUCACCACAGCUGUUACAGUGGUUUACUGGUGUGAACAUGCUGAGGCCAGAACCAGAUGUUUCCUCUCUGACCCAUGUGUACAUUUGACAAACUGGACUGUUUGUAGUUUCUGGUAGCUGUGCUUAGUGAAUGUGUUCACCGUCAAGAAACUAAGAAACUUGGAAUAAAUUGUCAAAUCUGUAAAAGUCAAAUAAAAGAAUUAAGCACUG